CCUUAUUACACCUAUCAUGGCAUGCAUUUUGCGUAUUGUUGCUCAUUUACUCCUAAACCCUUAAACAAACCUAAAGCUGCAAACCCUUGUCAACCUAGUCCCGCUUGAACACAUACUAGCAGCUGUCCUGUGAAUGACAACUGUAUUGAUUCAAUUGUGUAAGCCUUACUGAGGUUGAAUUUGCCCUUCGAGGUCGCCUUCGGGCGAUAACGCCGCUACAGCAACGCUUCCAACAAGUCGCGUGGGAUUAUGGCGGAUUUUGCCCAGCCGCUGCUCGGGGAGCGCGAACCUCCACCCGCCGAGCGCCGGCCGCAUGCUGCGGUCAUCGUCGAGGAUGACCCGGACUACGUCUCUCCCUUUGGAAAAGACACCACCGGUCAUGCAUUAUACUCGGCAUUAGUCACUCUCACAUUGGGCGUCCUUGGAAGUACCGUCCUCCCAGUGCCGUACGCCUUCUCCAAAACCGGAGUCGCCGCAGGCGUCAUUACCAUGGUCCUCGUCGCCGCUGCCAACGACGCCACCUGUUGCAUGAUGAUCCGCGCCGCAGCGCACACCGGCCUCACAACGUAUGAGCAGCUCGCGGAGUGGGCGGGCGGUCGCAGGGCGCGGCUGUUCACGCAGGGCGCGUUGAUCCUGCUGCUGUUUGGGACGCUGUGCGGCGGUCUGGCCUUCCUGUCGGAUGUGGCGCGGGUGAUGGUCAACCAGGGUCUGGGUCCGGGCAGUGCCCCGCCCCUGUUGGAGCAGGACGGGCGGCCGGUGAUGGUUCUGACGGUGCUGCUGGUGCUGCUGCCGCUGUGCAUGCAGCGACACAUUCGUCAGUUCGAGAAGGCCGCCACGGUGGGAGUGGUGGUGGUGGUGGCGCUGUGCGGCAUCAUCGUGGCCCGCGCCCUGCAGCUGCGCUUCCCCGCGGUGGCGGACGGGGAGCUGCAGGUGCUGCACGUGCGGCUGGACGGUCACCUGCCGGAGGCGUUUGCGGUGCUGGGCUUUGCGUUCUACAUGCAGCCCAUGCUGAUGCCGCUGCUCCGGGAGAUGCCCGCCGGCCCUCUGGGCACCCGCCUCACGGAGCGGGCGGUGCACAUCACCCUGUUUGGAGUGGCGUGCGGGGUGUACGGCACGGUGGGGGUGUUUGGAGCCGCCAUCUUUGGAGCGGCCACGGAAAGCAACAUCAUGGUCAACCAGUUGCUCCCCGGCCACCACACCGCCACCCUGAUCCUCUACGCGGCGCUGCUGGGCUACCUCUGCUGCGGCAUGGUCACCACCCACUUUGCGCUGCGGGCCUCCCUGGACCUGCUGCUGGCCGGCCCGGAGGCGCCCUUCACGUGGGCCCGGCAGACGGCGGAGACGCUGGGUAUCCUGGCGGGGGCGACCUGCGUGGCGCUGCUGUUUCCCACGCAGGCUGAGAAGAUCUUUGCACUCACGGGCUGCACCGCUGUGUGCCUCGUGUGCUACGUCAUCCCCGUCUACAUCCACCUGGCAGUGCAACGAGACGCCGACAAGCAGCAACUGCAACUGCAGCUGCUGAAACUGCAACAAGGAGCAGCAGGAGCUGCAGUGCAACCGCAGCAGCAGCAACAGCAGCAGCAGCAGCAACAGCGGUUGGUCGCCAACGGUCGUCUGGGGUCCCUCGCGGAUCCGAUUCUAGCUCCCGCGGGCACUGCAGAAGGAGGGGAGCAGCCACAGCAGCCCCCGCUCCUUUCGUGUCGGAAUGGUGGUAGUGGUCAUGGUAAAGGGGUAAAGCAAGUCGCCGGAAGCAGCAACGGUCACUGUAGCAGCAGCAGUGCCUCAUCUGGUGGUGCCGUUGAAAACAGUUGUAGUGGCGGUUGCUGUCGUUGCUGUCGGGCGGUGGUUGCGGUCGUGCGACGGUACGCCCUGCCGGCGGCUAUCGUGGCGAUUGGUGUAGGGUUCAGCAUGGCUGGGAUAUAUGUGGGGGUUCUCGAUAUCUGGGACUACAUGCAUGCAGGGGCGGGGGGGCAGCAGCCGUCGCCGUCGUCGCCUGAGUCGGAACUGGGGCUUCCUUGGCUGGGCGGGCGCUGAGGGGUGCAAUACAAUGAGGGACAUCUGCGGAGAGGAGAGGCUCAGGAGGCUUGGGGAGGAGGAGGAUGAAGAAUAAGGAGGAGGAUGGCAUAUGAAUGGCGGAAUGUGGAGGGUGGGGGGAGGGGUUGGUUGGCAACUGUAGCAUGGCGAGAGCGGAGGAGGCGCAUCCUUGUGACAGAAGAGGGCAGUAGUAGGGUCGGGCAGAUCGACCCGUGGGUCACUAGAAAGGCCAAUGAAGGGAUAAUUAGAUUCGGGAGGUGUAGAGUUUGUACUUUUGGUCGAGGGCGGCCGCCGGAAGGUGAUGGUUAGGACGGGCGGGGGCUUGACAAAAUUCAUUAAAGGCAUAUGCAUAUGGAUUGCCUUUGGUAUGGAUUGCUUUCCUCCGCGCGGCUGCAUUGGAAGUUCCUGGCUUCUUUAUCCCCUGUGUGGCUGUCCUGUGCAUUGCGUGCUGUCAAAAGUGAAGUCCUCGGUGACAUCUGACAUGGCGAGGGUGUGUAUGAAUUGUAAUCGGACGUAUUUGCCAAGGCGCUGUCAUGUUUGGUACCGCGGAUACCGCUGUCGCCAGCUGGGUGUUGCUUUCCCAGGGACAUGCGGAUAAACAGGAGGUGGAGUGGGGUGUGCGCUUUCCGCUGCUUCUGCAACAAUGAAGGAACCGUGAAGUAGGGGCCCAGACACAGGCAUCCACCCAUGCAUUAUGGCCACAGGGAAGAGGGCAAAGUGAGGAAGGCACUGCACGGGAAAGGGCAGGCAGACGCCCCACGUGAAAGGCAGG